AUGAAUCUCCUGCUAUCUGACGACUAUCUUCUUCAAGAUUACCCCGAAAACAUCACCAAUACAAUCCGCUCUGGACAUGCGACUACUCUGCGCUUCAACCGCAAGGGCGAUUACCUUGCUUCCGGUCGAGUCGAUGGCACCGUGGUAGUCUGGGACCUCGAAACUAUGGGUGUCGCGAGGAAGCUGAGAGGUCAUAACAAGAGCAUCACGUUUCUUAGUUGGUCAAGGUGUGGCCAAUAUCUCCUCACAACUUGUCAAGGAUGGAAGGCAAUCCUUUGGGAUCUCCAAGAUGGCAAGAGACUGCGCGAGGUUCGCUUUCGCGCUCCCGCGUAUAUGGCCGAGCUUCAUCCAUGGAACCACUUGCAAUUCGUGGCAGCGCUCUUUGAGGAGCAGCCCGUCCUUGUCGAUGUUUCCGAGCCUGUCGACAUCAAACACAUCCUCCCUUCUGCCCCGAAGCGAUCGAAUACCGACGGCGACGCAGCUCUCAGAGAGAAACAGGCAAAGGAGGAUGCCAAGCAAAUGACCACAUGUGCCAUCUGGAGCAUUACUGGAGACCACAUCCUCGCCGGAACGAACAAAGGAAAACUGAACAUCAUUGACGCCAAGUCCUACGAGAUUAUAUUCUCCGCAAAGAUAUGCUCAGGAGCUAUUACUACGAUGCGGAUGACAGGAUCAGGCCGCGAGUUGCUGGUCAACUCGCAAGAUCGAAUUAUCCGGACAUUUCGAGUCCCUAAUCUGUCGGUCGAAAACCUGGAUCUUGAUACAUUACAGAUUCCCCUGGAACACAAAUUUCAAGACGUUGUCAACAAGUUGUCAUGGAACCACGUCACUUUUAGUGCAACCGGAGAAUACGUGGCAGCCUCGACGUAUAACAACCACGAGCUCUACGUCUGGGAACGCAAUCACGGCAGUCUGGUGUGUAUGCUGAAGGACCCCAAAGAAGAACAGGGCGUUAUCGAGUGGCACCCGACUCGCGCUCUCUUGGCCGCAUGUGGCUUGGAGACGGGCCGGAUAUAUAUAUGGUCUGUAAUCAGCCCACAGAAGUGGUCUGCGCUGGCGCCGGACUUUGCAGAGGUGGAGGAAAAUGUCGAGUACAUCGAGCGGGAGGACGAGUUCGAUAUUUAUGCACAAGAGGAAAUCCAUCGACGGCGGCUCGAUGCCGAGGACGAGGAGGUUGACGUCUUGACAUUGGAUCGAUCCAAGGCCCUGGACGAAGGAGAGAGCUUUCGCAUGCCCAUCCUGUUCAACCUGGGCGAGAGCGACAGCGAGGAUGAAUUUAUCGCCGUGUCGACCGGCACCAUGAGACGUAGGAGUCCUGGAGAGGGUCAGAGCGAUUUGGAUGAAAAGGUACCUGUGAAGAAGACAGCAACCAAGGCCUCUAGAAGCCGAAAGCGCUGA